ACCCCAUCUCCAUAUAUUCAUUUUUCAUUUCAUAAUCACACACAAACCCCAUCUCCAUAUAUUCAUUCACAUUUCAUAAAUCACACACUUUCUUCAUUAUUCUUCUCUCAUUAAAAUUUCUCUCUCUAAAAUGAAUUCUUCCAGCAGUACUAAUGUUCAACAUGUGACCAAAAAGUCCUCCGACGAGCUGCUGAGGAAGUUCGCGGAGCUCGAUGACGAGGCCCCGGUGGCGGCCGCGAAGAAAGUGUCAAAACGGCGUCGGAGAAGCGCAGAGAGUCGCGGAGAAGGUGGCGGUGAUCAGAACUGUGAGAGCCCUUCAAAUGGGCACGGCUCAAGCUUAGUGGAGAGCAGGUCUCUGCUGCCUACGGCGGCGGCAACGGCGAGGAAGUCGGCGUUGCUCCGGCAACUUGGAAUUCGCAGCAGAGCACACCUCAGGGCUAGAGAAAUCAGGCACAAGUCUCUCUUUGGAACCAUUGAGAAGACAUGGCGAAGGACUAUAGAAGGAGCUUCAAAGGUCUUCAUGGAGAAACAUUACAACAGGCACAAGCGUUUGAUAAGUGACAUGGUGUAGAUCAACAUUCUGAUUUCUGCCUUCUUUCUAGGUAGUUUCACUUAGGCCUUAGAGGAGAAGGGCAAAAGGGUAAAAGCUUGAUAUUUGUAAAUUUGCGUUACUUUAUAUCAUUCUUUCAUUACUAUUGUUUUUUUAUCUAUGAGAAGUAAAUUAAGUUCGAUGCAGUAUCUCAAGCUUUAGUAUAGUGCAAUAUUAUAAAUUGUAUU